UGAAUUUGUAAAAACUAGAUGCAAACUGCACACCGGGCGGGGAAAUAUUUGUUUUCGAAUUUCUCGCAACAUUUUUAGUAAUCUUGUUAAUUGGAUCUCACUUAUAGGAGAUUUCAUAAUGAGUAGUAAACCUAAUUCUAAGCGUACAAUUUAUGUUGGCGGUUUAGCUGAAGAGGUAGAUGAGAAGGUUUUACAUGCAGCAUUUGUCCCAUUUGGUGAUCUUGUUGAUGUUCAAAUACCCUUAGAUUAUGAAACUGAGAAACAUAGAGGGUUCGCAUUUAUUGAAUUCGAAAAUGCUGAAGACGCAGCAGCUUCUAUUGAUAACAUGAAUGAUUCAGAGUUAUUUGGAAGAACAAUAAGAGUCAAUGUAGCAGCACCACAAAGGAUAAAGGAGGGUUCAACAAGACCUGUGUGGUCAGAAGAUAGUUGGCUUCAAAAGCAUGCUGGAGAGACUCUUGAUGUUGAUAAGGAUGCUCAAGAAAAGGAUAAUGAAGAAAAAAUGGAUACAGAGAGCACUCCUAUACCCAUAAAGCCAACUGAGAAAAAGAAUCCACAAGUUUACUUUGACAUAAGUGUUGGAAAACAAGAAAUAGGCAGAAUAAUAAUGAUGCUCCGAGCUGACAUUGUGCCCAAGACAGCAGAAAACUUUAGAGCUCUGUGCACACACGAAAAAGGCUUUGGAUAUCAGGGUAGCGGGAUUCACAGGAUUAUUCCUGACUUUAUGUGUCAAGGAGGUGAUUUUACAAACAACAAUGGUACUGGAGGUAAAUCAAUAUAUGGCCGAAAGUUUGAAGACGAAAAUUUCAUAUUGAAACACACAGGUCCUGGAAUAUUAAGUAUGGCAAACUCAGGACCCAAUAGUAAUGGAUCUCAGUUCUUCCUUUGUACAGCCAAAACGGAGUGGCUGGAUGAAAAACAUGUUGUAUUUGGUCAUGUGGUGUCAGGUCUUGAUGUGUUAAAAAAAAUGGAGCGAUAUGGAAGUAAAAGUGGGACUGUCAGUGCCAAAGUGAUAAUUAGUAAUUGUGGAGAAUUACAGUGAUAUUAUAUGUA